UGCAGUGCGAUAUGACAACCUCGAAAACUCAAUCUACUACCUUGCUUGAUCGCUGUUGAAGCUUUGAGGAACCCCAAGUUUUAUGUUUUAUAGCUUCAAUUGAUUCCAAUCGUCGCCUCGCCGACGCUGCAGAACGACGAGAGUCAUUACGAUAUGAGUACCAGUGGGCGCAUCAUCAAGAUCACUAUCUAUCAUAAUUCCUCACCAUACGAGGUCUCUCUCCCUGCUGAAUCUACUUUCGGGGAUGUUAAGAGACUGCUUGCACACAAUAUGGGUUUAGAGCCUAAAGAGCAAAUACUCAUCUUCCGAGGAAAAGAAAAGCAGGAUAGAGAGCAUUUGCACUUGGAAGGUGUUAAGGACAAUUCAGAGUUAUUUCUUUUUGAGGACCCUGCUAGCAAAGGGAGGAAACUUGAGGAAACCAGGAAAGUGUUGGAUAUGUCAGGAGCUCUUGAAGCUGUUGCUGGAGUUAGAACGGUGGUGGAUCAGCUCUCUGAGAGGAUGGCUGCCAUAGAGGUAGCUGUGAAAUGGGGAACUGAUGUUGCAGAGAAUGAAUUUCUUACCUUGUCUGAGUUGCUUAUGAGGCAAUUGCUGAAACUGGAUUCUAUUCAGGCUGAAGGUGAAGCAAGGCUGCAGAGAAAAAGCUGAG